AUGCAAGCGGAGCUCAAGGCGCACGCCGAUAACGGGUCCUGGACACUGGUACCAAAACGGCAAGACAUUCGACCAAUCGGGUGCAGAUGGAUAUUUGCUAAGAAGCGAAACGAACACGGACAAGUGGUGCGCUACAAAGCUCGACUCGUCGCAAAGGGGUUCAAGCAGAAAUUCGGUGUCGACUUCUUCGAGACGUACUCUCCCGUGGCAAACAUGAACUCGAUCAGGGUUGUGCUAGCUGUGGUGGUGACAAAGGGAUACGUCACUGAGCAGCUGGACGUAGACACGGCGUUCUUGAACAGUGAUCUCAAGGAAGAGGUGUACAUGGAAGUGCCAAAUGGCAUAGCUAAUGCGGAGAAGAUGAUGUGCAAGUUGGACAAGGCAAUCUACGGUCUCAAGCAGGCUGCAAGUGCGUGGAACAAGACAAUCCAUGCUGUAUUCUUACAGAUCGGAUUUCGUAGCAGCGGAGCAGAUCAGUGUAUCUACGUCAAGAAUCAAGAUGACAACUAUGUCUAUGUUUGUCUCUACGUCGACGACAUGAUCAUCGCCGCCAAGACCAGCAGGGAGAUUCAAGAGGUCAAGACAGCACUCAAGAGCUCAUUUCGUAUGAAGGAGCUAGGCAAGGCUAAAUUUAUUCUUGGCGUGGAGAUUGAUCAUGACCACAACUGCAGUAAGCUGAUGAUUCGACAGACUCGAUACAUCGAUGAUGUGGCCAGCCGUUUUAAUCAAGAGGACGCAAAGGCAGUGGUCAACCCAUGCGAGUCCGGCCUGAAGCUGUCAAAGAAGCAAUCCCCAACGACGGAUGUCGAUAGAGCAGAAAUGCAGUCAAAGCCGUACAGGUCGCUGAUCGGAUGUUUGCUAUACAUCACGACAUGUACGCGCCCAGAUGUGAUGUAUGUCAUCACGCAGUUAUCAAGGUUUUUGGAGAAUCCAGGUCAGCAACAUUGGAAGGCAGCCAUUCGUGUUCUUCGGUAUCUCAAGACGACAAGAGACUACGGAAUAAUCUACGACGGCAGCGCUAGCGAAGUAACAGCUACAGCGUAUACGGACGCGGACUGGGGUAGCAACAUCGAUGAUCGACGCUCCGUGUCAGGGAUAAUGGUGAUCAUCGGUGGCGCACCAGCCAUAUACAAGUCCAAGUAUCAACGCACGGUUCGUGCGCUGCUUAAGGAUCUAGGUCACGAGCAAGUGGGAGCAACGUGGGUCUGGGAAGACAAUCAAGGAGCAAUUGGGCUUGCCAGCAAUGCCGGCUACAAUGCCAGAACCAAGCACGUUGACAUUCGUCACCACUUCAUCCGGGAGAAUGUGGCCCACGAUAUCAUCGUGGUCAAGUACAUCUCCACCAUGGACCAAUUGGCCGACAUGCUAACGAAGGCUCUGGGGACCAAGCGACUGAACUAUUUGAUACAAGCAAGCUGCAUUGGACCCAAGGGCAUUUAG